AUGGAUGUGUCCUAUUUAUUGGACAAUUCCAAGCAAUGGGUUUUAAAUGCAGACGCAACAAGCCGAACUUCUCCAACAAUAACAACAACAUCGGAAGGUUUCGUACAGGAGCCUCAUCAAAAACAUGAAGAAACAAAAACCACUACUACUCUCCUAUUGGAAUUAUAUUUGGUUUGCAAUGUUCGGAAAGUGGUCUUCGAUUUCAAUCGUCAAGCCUUGCCGUCAGAACUUGAAAUUUCAUAUUCAUCCAAUGAAAAGAAAAUCAAUUUUAGGAAAUUAGCAAAAUUACGAAAUACGGAAUUGAAAAGAUCCAAACCUUUUGUUAUUUAUUUCACAAAACCUGUACAGCUCAAAUACAUGAAAUUUAAAAUUGUUAUUCAUGGCCAUUCAUCGGACAGAAAUAAUGAGUCGGCCCCAACAACAAGCUGCAAACUGAAUUCUAUCAAGUUGUUUGGCACUCCUGUGCUUUCCACCGACAACUUAUUUGAUCUUUAUCACAAGAAUCAAGAUCAACUCAAAGCACUUGCAGAGAUGAUUGGUCUUACAACGACUACAAAAGAGGCAUCAGAGUACGAAAAGGAAAAUUCUGACAACUCUCAACAAUCUGCAAGUACAAAAGACCCAUCUGAUAGCGAGGAGGGGAUUACUAUUGAAAUUCUACCAGAUGAUGACAAAAACGCAUCACCCAAAGUCAACAUUUCUGAUCCUAGAAAUCGAGCAUCAAAACUGUAG